GUGAAAGAAAAUGUACUUAUUUCAUGUAUUAUUACUCUAACUAAUGUACUUAUUUCAUGUAUUAUUACUCUAACUAAUCAGACUAAUGUGCGAGUUCUUAAAAAAUGAUGUUUGCGUUAUCGCGUGAUAUGCGAUUACAUAGUGUGUGCAAAGAUAAAAUCGCACGAGAUAUCGUUUUCGCGUCUCAUCGUGAUUCAGGCAAAUCAUUACAAUUUUUUUCACAUUCAACACAUUCGUAUAAUUAAAACCAGCGCGGAUCGGGAUCAUCAGUAAUAUUCUCGUUACCGAUAUCGAAACUGUAAUACAAACAUGGAUAUGGAAUAGUGCAAAUUUUCAUAUACGCUGUAUCCGCUUCUCUGUUGCGAUUUUGCUCGUUGUCGAGCUUUAUACAAACCGUAUUUAAAAAAUCAGUAUGUGUGUUGUAACAAUAUUUUGAAAAGAAAAAAAAAGCUGCAGCUAAAGGCAAAAUCAAGCUGAAAUUAUUAUUAUAUCACACAAAGUAGAGAUUAUCCUUGAUUAACAAGCAAUAAAGCAAAGGACCAGCGCAAGACUAUGGGACCUCUGGAAGUACUAUGUGGCAUUGUUGCCUUAAUUUUUACUCUUUAUUAUUACUUUACAUCAACCUUUGACUUUUGGAAGUCACGUGGCAUUCAUGGUCCACGACCCAUACCACUAUUUGGUAAUAUCAAGGAUGUUAUGCUCACUAGAAAAGCUAUGAGCAAUUAUUUAUUGGAAAUAUAUAAGAAGUACAAGGAUGAAUCUUUGAUUGGCAUAUUUGCUAGAAGGACUCCCAUCCUUAUUGUAAAAGAUCCAAAUUUUAUCAAGGAUAUUCUUAUUAAAGAUUUCUCCAACUUUCCUAACAGAGGAUUACCAAUUUAUGAGAAGGCUGAGCCGCUGUCGCAACAUUUAUUCUCUUUGGAAGCAAAAAGGUGGAGACCAUUAAGGACAAAGCUAUCACCUGUUUUUACAUCUGGUAAAUUAAAGGAAAUGUUUCCUCUGAUAUUAGAAUGCUCUGAACACUUGGAACGAUACGUGGAAAAAUUGGCGAGCAGAAACGAGCACAUAGAGUGUCGUGAGCUGACAGCCAAGUACACAACUGAUGUUAUCGGUAGCUGUGCCUUUGGUAUCGAAACAAAUUCUCUGUCGGAUGUAGACAGUGAAUUUCGCAUAAUGGGAAGGGAGGUAUUUGCUCGAAAAUGGUAUAAUCUGAUACGAUUUAGAAUCAGAGAAGCUGCGCCAUGGCUGUACGUUAUUCUCGGUUACAUCCUACCGUUAACCAGGGUCACCAAAUUCUUUACACGUAUUCUCAUGGAGAAUAUCGAUUAUAGAGAAAAGAAUAAUAUCGUUCGACAUGACUUCGUUGAUACUCUACGUGAAUUAAAAAGGCAUCCGGACAAAAUCGACAUUGAAUUGACCGACAAUAUAAUCGCUUCUCAAGCAUUUGUAUUUUUUGUUGCUGGUUUCGAAACUUCAUCGACUACCAUGAGUCAUGCACUUUAUGAGUUAGCGCAGAAUCAUAAAAUACAGGAUAGAUUACGAGAAGAAAUUAACCACAUGUACGCAAAAAAUGGCGACACUUUAACAUAUGACAAUAUCAAAGAGAUGGACUACUUGGAUAAAGUUUUCAAAGAAACAUUACGAAAAUACCCGCCAGUGACGUUUUUGAUGAGGAAAUCGAUAUCAAACUACACUUUUGACGGUACCAAAAUUAAUAUACCGAAAGGCCAAACUAUAUGGAUACCAGCUUAUGCGAUUCAACGAGAUCCAGAUAUUUAUCCGGAUCCGGACUUUUUUCAACCAGAUAGAUUUAACGAGGAAAUUAUGAAAACUAGGAAUGCGAUGUUUUAUCUUCCUUUCGGCGAUGGGCCAAGGAAUUGUAUCGGUGCUCGUUUUGCUGUUUACCAGACCAAAGUUGGACUCAUAAAGAUAUUGCGAAACUACAUUGUUGACAUUUGCGAUAAAACGCAAAUUCCUUACAUAAAUGAUCCUAAAGCGUUUCUGUUAGCACCAAAGGAUGGAAUAUAUUUGAGAAUAACCAAAAUCAAUCGAGCUUAAUAUAAGUUGUACUGCUGUAUAUAGCAAUAAAAACAUGUAUAUUCAAAAAAUAAAAGUAAAAUUCGUA